CUCCCAUCGACCGCGAUGCACAUCGAGGGCGGUGGUCAUGCAGGGGAAAUUCAAAUCCGAAUUUUGGCGGGCAAUCUGCACUGCAUCCUUGCCAUGAGCAAGACGACAGCAGACAGAGAGGAAUGCCCUAUUUGUAAGACGAGAUACAGUACGAACAGUAUUCGGACGAUCCCUGAACACUGCAUCAAAGCUUGUUCACGUUGUCGACGGGCUUUCAAAGACAUCGACUUGAAAACUGUACAGGAUUAUGCAGUGUUCACUGACGCAUUGGUGCUGAAAUUGUUACAUUUUCUGCAAAACAUCGGGCACGCAAC